AUGUGGCGCGUCGAGAUGGAGGUGGCUAAUUUGACUCAGGACCAGCCACAGCCAACAGAAUCUAGGAAACCCCCUCCUAGACAGUUCCACACCGAUUCGAUUCCUUGUUUUCAAAAGCAAAAGUUGGCAGAAGUAGGCAAACAACGUGAUUUAUGCCAGCAAAGCCGUAAGGUCAAAGCAAAGCCACGUCUAAUGCCUGGAGUGAUCAUUUCCGAAGAGUGCAAGGGGGACUCCCAAUCACAAGCCGUCCCGGACCAUUUGUGCCGUGUUCUCCAUACGCCAAAGCCACACAUGUCUCAACAGCAACCCGGAGACUCCGGCGAGGAGGUCCAGCCUUAUCGUAUCCGUGUGUCAAGCAAGUAUCUUGAUAUCACGCGACAGAAACUAGAGCUUACUCGGCUGCCUCAUGAGCCUUGUUCAAAAGAUUGGUGGGAGCCAAAGCCUCAAGUUGAGUCUCUUGUUGACUUUUGGCAAGAAUCAUUCUCAUGGCAGAAUCACGAAGAAGAGCUUAACCAAACUCUUCCCCAGUUCAGAACAAGUUUUCAAACUUCCACUUCAUCAACGCCAGUCCGGCUUCAUUUCAUCCAUGCCCGCUCUCCUCACGCUAACGCUGUUCCUCUGCUCUUGAUACCUCCUUUUCCUUUGACCAACCUGUCGCUGGGUCACCUGGUUCAGCCCUUGAGUGAUCCUGAGGAUGCUGGUACAAACCAGCCGUUUCAUGUUGUAAUUCCAGCCUUGCCUGGCCUGGGUUUCAGCGAUGCUCUUCCUUCUAAUGCACCUCCUGUUUCUACCACAGCUCAGCUACUGGACAACUUGAUGAAGAGAUUAUCCUACAAGCACUACGCUGGAAGUAACGCCGGCUCUGCUUCGAUUUCACCCGCUGCUAUUGACUGGAGACUGGCCAGACACCUCUCAAUUCACUAUUCAGAGUCAUGUCUGGGGUUUCAUUUCAUUGCACCUCCUCUGACAUGCCCUACACUCUCGGACUCAGCCAGUGAGUGGUUAAAAUGGAAACUUGCUCGGCUCUUGGGUUCUUCGGUUCUGGGUUACUCCAAGGAUGACCUCUCAGCUAUACAGAAGCAGAAGACAUCGCAAUUAAGCAAGAAGAAGUCGGCUGUUAACCUAGGUCAACAUGGUCGCAGCGACGUUGAACCAAACACACCGUCAUAUGCGCUAUGUGACUCUCCGACUGGCCUCCUCCUCUAUGUGCUGAAACUGCUCCGGGCUCUUGGUCCCAAGAAGGAACUUACACCAAAGGACAUCAUCACUCUCACUUCUCUCAUAUGGUUACCUGGCCCCGAGGCCGCUCUGCGAUUCUGGGCUCAAUGCGCGUCAGAAAUUGAGCCUGUAGAGGAAAAGAAGACGACUAAGAAACCUAAGGUUGCCAUUACCGUUUUCACUGGUGACGAGGACCAGGCCGAGCAGCAAAGAACACUCCCACGGCCUGCAAAGACUCUAUACUCUUGCCCUGGCUGGGCUAACAGGGAGUAUCAAAUCGUGCACCUGAACCGAGCCCCUGGAACUCCAGGUUUCUUGGCUUUGGACCGACAAGAUGUGAUUAUUGAAGGAGUGCGCGGUCUAGUGAAGGCAAUAUUGGCAAAGGAUAAGAGGAUGCAGGUCGCCGAACAGCCUGGAGCCGUUCUCCAGGAUCAACUUGAAGUGCAGGAUGGCCGAAUAGCUCAAGCAGAUCUGUCUGGAACAACAGUCCAGGAUCCGAACGCUAGUCCGGUUGCGUCACAAGGUGACCUAACCAGCUCCGACCCCUCGACUUCUAGCUUCCGCAACAGUAAACACGACCUAACUCUGUCUAUAUGGGCACAUUGUAGACCUACCACCGUCCUUCAUUUUCUGCGUGGCGACGAUGCGCUACGAAACAGUCCAUUUCCCAUAAUCGGCCCGCCAUCUCCCAACCUCAAACUCAUCAUGUCGAAUCGAUACGACCGACCUCACCGCGAGGGUAACAGCUAUGGCAACUUUGGACGCUCCAACGAUGACUACAGAUCCGGGUAUCAAGAUAGCUACGGUAGCGAUCGAUAUGCCACACCGCCUGCCACCCAACAGCCGCGACCACCACCCAGUCUUCGACAGAUGUCCUCCCGAUCACGCAUACCACAAGUACAAGCUCCACCACAACCAGCAGACACUCAUGCUGCGCGGCAAAUCACCGAGGUUAUAGAUCAUAUCAAGAAAGAAUGGCCUGCAAUGUGUCAGGACGAUUGCGUCCCUGUUCAACUGGCGUUGCAGCUUCUCGACAGAAGCUCGCAAUCGCACAACUACCUACAAGAGUCGCUCAAGGGUAUCGUCCACGAGCACCACCAGGGCUUCAACAGUUCCAUCGGUACAUUUCACAAAAUUCAAAGUAGCAUUCAGCAGUCACAAAAGCGAGUACGUGCCUUGAAGGAAUCACUGGCGAGUUCCAAAACAAGUCUCUGCGCGACGGAUCCUGAAUUAAAGAAGCUUUCAAAAUCAUCGCAAGAGUUUGACGCCUUGGUGCAAACUCUUAAUGAGUUGGAUGACCUCCGAGCAGUACCGGAUCAGCUGGAGGCAAGGAUAUCGGAGAAGAGAUUCUUGACGGCCGUGGAAGUACUUCAAAAUGCGCUACGAAAGCUACGAAAGCCUGAAUUGGAUGAUAUUGGUGCCCUUACUGAUUUGAGGAGCUACCUUGCGAACCAAGAGACUGCUCUAAUGGAUAUCCUCGUGGAAGAGCUACACGAGCAUCUCUACCUCAAGUCACCAUAUUGCCAGGAAAGAUGGCAGAGCUUGGCUAAAACACAAGGCGCCGUCACGGAAGGCUUUGGUGAUAUUAAGCCCAUCGCUCCAUUUCACGUUAUUCUCGAUGCCAUUGACGUUGACAAGACGGUCAGGGAAGAUCCCAUGAAAAAUCCCGAAGCCGAUACAUUCUACUAUGUAGGACUGCUGGUGGAAUCUCUGAACAGGCUCGGACGAUUGCAAAAUGCCGUGGAGACUCUUAAGCAGCGACUCCCGGUUGAACUCUUUACUAUUGUCAACGAGACUAUCAACGAGGUGGAUCAAAGGCAUCCCAGCUCUUUACGAGGAGGAUCAGCCAGAGGCGAUGGUCUUCACGUCUAUGGAACACGUGAAACACAAAUGCGAGCAGAUGUUAUUUAUGACCUCUUAUGGUCUCUGUAUGGCAAGUUUGAGGCAAUUGGAGAAGGUCAUCGUGUGUUCCACGAGUCCAUCAAGGUCCUGAUCCGAAGGGAAGGUGCUGGCAACAACAGUGCCCUACUUGGAAGCUUCAAAGAGCUGUGGAAUCUAUACCAGAACGAGAUUAGAUCCUUGCUGCAUAAUUAUGUUACGACCGAUGCAGAUGUCUAUCAGUUCGACUCGCCAAACCCAGGAGAUACGCUCCAUGGCAAGAAAGACAUACGAGAGCAUCUUUUCAAGUUUUCUGAAGCGAACACAAAGUCCAUUGAGAUGAUGAGUGAAUAUGACGCAUUGGACAAUAUCAUCCAGGAUGCCGUUCCUGGGCUAGGAUCUCGAAAGCAAGACAGAAAAGGGCGGAACGUUCAGGAAGGAGGAAGAAGAGGAGCAGCAGGAAGUGACGGUCCAUUUGGAAACAGUCAUCAAACGACAGGCUCGUACAAAUCUCUGGUGGAACCUAGUGUCUUCAAUAUGAGCUUGUUACUACCGCCGACGUUAGUCUUCCUGCAGCGACUCAAGAACAUCGUCCCUCCCGGCUCAGACCUGGCAGCAAGCACACUAACAACAUUCUUGGACAAUUUCUUGGUUAAUGUUUUCCAACCACAAUUGGACGAAACUCUCGCCAAAUUGAGCGACACCGUUUUUGGAGAGGCAGAUGCAUUCACACAAGACCCGGCCUGGAGCCAGGUGGCACGUCGGCCUGUGUUCCGAGGAACGACAGCCUUUUUCGAGGUUGUGACGGCUUUCUGUCGUAUGCUGGGAACCAUACCACCAGACCAAGCACUCAGCUCGCUGAUUGUCACUCAAAUGAUGCGAUACUACGACCGCUGCUUCAGCUGGUUUAAGACACUUGUUGUCAAAGCUCAGGACCCGGCUACAGAGAUUAGUAACGACAACCUGAGGUCAUCGGCGCGAUUCUCUCUGGACCAGGGAGAAAUACAAGAAACAAUGAAGAAGCUUUUCAUGUCAGAAGAGAUGGACUGGGAAUUGGCCGAAAAAGAGAUACAUCUGCUGAUGGAACUUACAGACGACUCGCCGCUCGACUCGGGUGACAUCAUUCAGGAUCGAGAUUCCAUCUCAUCCCUCUGUCUAUUGUACACCAGCAUGAAGUGGCUUGCUGUUAAAAUUGCUGGCCUGCGGCAGAUCACAACACAUGACACAGAUACAUCACGGCAAAAUCUGCCUCGACAUUCGAGCCGAAGAUGGACUCUUAUGAACGAUACUGGCAAGACCGCAGGAGAAGAAGGCCCUGUGUCACUACCACUAACGCAGGAGACUGUACAAGCGUUUGACAGCAUAGUAUCGUCCUUCGAAGAACUUGCAGGAACUGCACUACUAACUCUCCACAUGGAGAUCCGGUGCCGCAUAGUUCAUUCACUGUGCAUUGCCUUGUCGCCCAAGGUGGCACCCUACCUGCUUGACCAGGAAGUGAGCGAACCUGAUCCACAGAUUUUGAGCCUCAACUCGGAAUUGGUAUUCUUUGACGAGACGAUUGUGAAAUAUCUUCGAGAGAAGGAGAUUGCCUUUAUUCGAACGGGUCUGGGGCUGCUUAUCAAUUGCUAUCUUGUGAGUAAUGCAUGCAAAGCAUCGCCUAUGAAUGACAAGGGCUGCGGGCGUAUGCAACUCAAUAUUCUUGUACUGCAACAGAACCUCAAGAACGUGGAAGAAGGGGUGGACCUCGCGCGUGCAGCAAAUUACUUUUCGCUAUACGAACAAGGUGCAGACGCCAUCGUAGAGAAGGCAAAGGAGGACAAAGAGCAGCAGCGAGGGACCAGCGCGCAGGACCCAGACAACUUUUCGUACGACGAGCUCAAGGCACUUGUGGAGCUCUGCUAUAGUGAGGCUAUGGCAAAUCCUGAACGAGGAAUUGCCACUGCAGCCAAGCGACAGAUGCAGGACAAACUGCUGGGGCUGAGUGAGCACAUGUGGCAGACCUAG